AUGAUUUUCGAAAAUUCAUUAAUCAAUACCGCUGGAAAUGACAACAUAUUCGGCAAAAAAUUGUCUUUAUUAACUUCCAACACUAUUUCAGUGUUAAUUACAGUUAAUUACAUCUCUGUAAUGGGCCUAGAUCUUGACGCUUGUAUUUCUCAGCUACUUCAAAAACAACUUCUCGAUGAAUCGCUCCUUAAAGAGAUUUGCGAAAAAACCAAAGAGUUGCUAAUGCGUGAAAGCAACGUAAUUCAUAUUUCUGCACCUGUAACAGUUGUUGGUGAUAUUCACGGGUAA